AUGGAUGUCGUUGAAGCUGGCGACACAGACUUUGUAAAGCCAAGUGAAGGCUCAAAGACAAUCAGUUUGACCAUCGAUGAGGUGAAUGAUAACGCAGAUGAGUUGGUGGAAUUGAGAGGUGAGGGUAGAUAUUUUGGUGCUUCAGAUACUCCGAGUGGACCUGUUUGUAGUAAUUGUCAUCAGAGAGGACACAAGAAGGCUAAUUGUAAAACUGUUGUCUGUAUGGCGUGUGGUAUGGUUGAUGAUCAUUAUUCACAACAUUGUCCAAAAUCUAUUCAAAGAAGAGUUUAUUGUCAAACAUGUUCAUCAACAAGACAUUUCAGUGAUAGAUGUACAAGUAUAUGGAGAAGUUAUCUUACAACUAAAGAUUCAGAUCGUAAAAUGGGUCUUCCAACAAAUAUAUAUUGUUAUAACUGUGCUGAAAAGGGUCAUUAUGGUGAUGAAUGUCCAUCAGAGAGAACUUCAAGGGUGCCAAACCUAGAUGGAUCUGCAUUUUCAGGUCAUAAUUUACCACAACAACUUAGAGAUAAAUAUUUCUCACUGCAUAAGAAACGUAGAAGAGAUGAUGAUUAUGAUGAAGAUGAUAGAUAUAAUGACAACUAUAGUAUAUCAAGUGAUUCCAAGAAGGAUCAAAAGAAGAAAAAUGGGUUAUUCAAUAGAAUCAAAGAUACUUUUAAACGUAACAAAGGUUCAGAUGGCUAUGAUGAUGAAGGUCCAUCGAAAAAGAAGAAUAAACCAAGCAAGAAAGAAAUACGGAAGGCUCAAAGUACGCCUAAUUUUAAUAAUAGACCAAUUCAUAAAUCAGGAGUCUUACCACCACCUGCAGCUAAUAGAUCUUCAUUAGAUUAUCCUAGAAAUCCAAGCUAUAAUAAUGGUUAUCAGCAAGGUGGGUAUAGUAGAGUUGACAGUUAUAACCAACCAUAUAAUCAGAGUUAUAAUAACCAGAGUUAUAAUCAAGGGUAUAACCAAGGUUACAAUCAAGGUUAUAAUAAUGGGCCUUCGAGAUCAGGAUACCUUGAACCAAGCCGGUCUGGAGGUCCUGGAGGAGGCUACAAAGGAGGAAGAUUUAGACAAAAGAAUAAAGGCCCACGGUAUUGA